AUGUCAGAGACUGCUGUUGAGAAUCCUACAGCUGGCUCCCCACUUGAUGAGCCCGUGAUUGUAGAUGCCGUGGCAGACGCUGUGCCGAAACCAGCAACCACACCCGAUGGGUCAUUUACCACGCGUCAGUCCCGUGAGGAAGCCACGAUUGAGGCACGUCAAUUUGUUUACGAUCAAUCUUUUGGUACGCUCACUACCAUCAACCAGAGCGGCAACUUUGAGGGCUUUCCUGCAGGUCAAAUCGAGUACUACAUUGACGAUGCCGAACAAGAUGCUACAUUGCUGUUAAUCGCGGUUGAUAUGUCUUCUGCCUUCCGCAACAUCGGCAGUGGCUCGCCGUGCUCACUAGCAAUUCGUACUGGCGACCAGCCAAACGGCGAGACGCCCCUCCAUGCAGCCGCAGCCAAACGUAUUAUCCUAUACGGAGAGUUUGACUAUGUUGAGCCGAGCCUGAAGGUCAAAGCUGCUUUCUUUGCAGCGCACCCUGAUGCUCUUGAAUGGGCUCCUGGUAUGCCGGGCUUUCACAAGACCCAAUGGAUAAGGUUCACUAUCACCGGUAUCCAUUAUAUUGGUGGGUUUGGAGACCGCCAUUACAUCGGAUCUCUUCCGGUCGACAAGUAUGUCGACGCGCCGGUUAAUGAGCGAUGCAAGCAUCCUGAAUCAGAUUCAUUUUUAUCUCGAUUGUCCAGGAUGACUUGGAGGUAG